AUGAGCGCGGCCAAGGAUGGCAGCUGGUUCACGGAAAUUUCGUCCCUGUGGCCCGGAACCGGCCUUGCGCUCAAGGUGGAUGAGGUCCUGUUCAAGGGCAGGUCCGAUUUCCAGGACGUGGCGGUCGUGAAGACGCAGGCGUUUGGCACCGUGCUGAUCCUGGAUGGCGCCAUCCAGUGCACCGACCGCGACGAGUUCUCCUACCAAGAGAUGAUUGCGCACCUGCCCGCCUGCGCGCUGCCGGCGCCGCCCAAAAAGGCGCUGGUGGUGGGCGGCGGCGACGGUGGCGUGCUGCGCGAGCUGAGCCGCCACGCCUCGCUGGAGGAGAUCCACAUUGCGGAGAUCGACGGCAUGGUCAUCGAUGUGUCCAAGAAGCACUUCCCGCAGAUGGCGGCAGGCUACACCGACCCGCGUGUCAAGGUGCUUGUGCACGUGUGCGACGGCAUCAAGUUUGUGCAGGAUGCGGCAGAGGGGACGUACGAUCUCAUCGUGGUCGACUCCUCAGACCCUGUGGGCCCCGCAGAGGUGCUGUUCCAAAAGCCCUUCUUUGAUGCCAUGCACCGCGCGCUGAAGCCCGGCGGCAUCGUGUGCACGCAGGCGGAGAGCCUGUGGUACCAUCUGGAGAUCAUCAAGAGCCUGGCCGCCAUGUGCGCCGAGGUGUUCCAGGGCGGCGCUGUCCAGUACGCCUUCACCACCAUCCCCACCUACCCCAGCGGCCAGAUCGGCUUCAUGAUCUGCACCAAGGCGGGCGGCAGCGCGCCGCUGGACGCUCGCGAGCCCCGCCAGCCAUUGCCGGUAACGCCCGAGGGCCGCGACUACCCGCCGCUGCGGUACUACAACCACGACGUGCACCGCGCCGCCUUUGUGCUGCCCACCUUUGCCAAGGAGGCCCUGGGCCCCUCUCUCACCUAUUGA